CCCCAUAUUUCUUCCCGGCUAUAAAUUGCAGAAUCCCUCUUCGAAGUCUGGAAAUUGGCCCCAAAUAUUUUGGAGUGAUUGGCUCUCAUAACGCUAAAUCAAUCGAAUUGCUCAGGUUUAUUCUCUCUACUGUUCGUCGCGGCCUUGUUUUAAUUGGGGUUUUCUUCCAAUUGAUUUAUUGAUCUACAGAUCAGCGAAUCAAUUUUGAUUUGAGGAUUUUUUAAUUCAGCUUAAAGGAAUGGAAGACUGCUGUGCUGUUUGUGCAGAACCACUUGAGUGGUUGGCAUAUGGUCCAUGUGGCCACAGUGAAGUAUGCUCAACAUGCACUGCAAGGUUGCGGUUUAUUCUUGAGGACAAAUGUUGUUGCAUUUGUAAACAAGAGUGCCCUACCGUUUUUGUAACUAAGGCUUUAGGAGACUAUACAAAGUCAAUCAAGGAUUUCAUUGCCCUGCCAGCUGGUGAAAAUGAUGGGAAAGUUGGUGAUUAUUGGUUUCACUCAGACACUCAAGCUUAUUUUGAUGACGAGCAACAUUACAAAAUGAUCACAGCAAUGUGCAGGUUGAGCUGCAGUGUUUGUGACAAAAAUUCAAUGCCUAAAGAUUCGGGAAAUGAGUUGCGGAAACAGGAUAGAGAGUUUAAACAUAUAGAUCAGCUAAAGGGGCACUUGUAUCAUGUUCAUAAACUUAAAAUGUGCAACUUAUGCCUGGAAGGCCGAAAGGUCUUUGUUGGUGAACAAAAGCUUUAUACUCGGGCACAGCUAGAUCGGCAUUUAUUAAAAGGUGAUUCAGAAGUGGAUGGCAGUGAAAUAGAAAGAGGAGGUUUUAUGGGCCAUCCAAUUUGUGAUUUUUGCAGGAAAAGAUUCUAUGGAGACAAUGAACUUUAUAUGCAUAUGCAAACUGAACAUUAUACUUGCCAUAUAUGCCAAAGAAGCCACCCUGGCCACUAUGAGUACUAUCGGAAUUACAAUGAUUUAGAGGCUCACUUCGGUCAAGAUCACUUCCUAUGUGAAAAUUCAGAUUGCCUUGCAAAAAAAUUUAUCGUCUUUUCAUCAGAAUCUGAGUUGAAGAGGCAUAAUGCAAUUGAACACGGUGGAAAUAUGUCCCGCUCUCAACGCAAUGCUGCACUUCAAAUUCCUGUUAGCUUUCAGUAUAGGCGACCAGGAGAUGAGCACGAGUCCCACCGAGGUAGAGGACGAGGACGUGGACGUGGACGUGGACGCAACAUGAAUGAUCACCUUUCUUCAACAAAUAUAUCGAGCACUGAGAUACAAAAUGUACAGAAUGCUAUUCACAAUUCUACGUUGACUGCUUCUGCUGAGAAUGUAGUUGGUUCUAUGAACCAUGACCCAAUGCCUUCAUUGCUUUCCUCUGAGGCAGUAGCAAGCUCUUCUACAAUUCCAUUGGAAAGUGCACCUCCCAGGUAUCUUGCGGCAGUAAGUCAAAGAGCAGUUAAUUCUCCUCUUGUGGAAUCUGCCUUCCCUCCCCUUCCAGGAGUAUCGGAAAAUGCAGGGCAGACUUCUCCCAGGUAUCGUAUGUCAGUGAAUCGAAGAGCACUUAAUUCCUCUUUUGAGGAAGCUGCUUUCCCUCGCCUUAAUGGAGAGUCUGAAAAUGUGGGGCAGACAUCUAAAACCAGGGGAAAGAAGUCUGCCAAGUCUAUGGCUUCACUUUUGCGUGGCAUUGAAGGAAAUGCCGGAGUUCUUAAUAUACAAAGAUCAAGACGGAAUAUGGAUCCAGCAAUGCAUUCGUCCUCACAAUCUGUAAGCUCAUUUGUCAAUCAGCCAACUGUCAAUCGGACAAAUGUCAAUCUGACAAGUAGUCGGAAUACGAACCAUUUGGAGAGACCAGUAAUGGUUAAUGCUAAUGGAGCACAUCCAAGAGUGUCUGCUAUUGCAAAUGAUAGAGAGAUGGUGCCAAAGUCAGAUGAGUUUCCUCCUAUUUUAGUGACAAAGAAUGUGCCGACUCUAUCUGUAACUGAAAACCAAAGUACUGUUACAAACGAUAUGCCUUUGCUAAGUGUGGAGGAGACACGUGCUGCAAACAGAGCACUAAUUGAGAGUAUUCAAUCAGGUUUGGGACAUGAUGAAAAACAAUUUGAAGCAUUUAAAGAUAUAUCUGCUCAGUUUCGCAAUGGUGCUAUUAGUGCUAAGAAGUAUCAUACACAUAUUUCAAAGCUGGGCUUGUCACAUCUUGUACUUGAGCUGGCAAGGUUAUGUCCUGAUAAAGAUAAGCAAAGAGAACUUCUGGAGGCUAACAAUGUUGUGAUGAAAAAUUCACAGAGUGCUGUAAGUCAAAUUACAACUCAAAUUAUGAGAUUGAAUACAUCAAAUAAUAUUAACAACCGAGGGAAGGGAAAGAAAGUUGAUGCCAAUUGUAGUCAAGAAGCAACAUCCUGUUCGGCUCCAGAUUCUACUCAUUGUGUGGAAAAUACGUCUGAUCAAGUAGAGGUACUAUCCAAGGAUGGGUACCGGACUACAAAAGGGAAAUCUAAGCCAUGGGAAAUCAAUGCUUCCAAUAAAGUGUCUGGAGCUAGUGGUUCUUUCUCUGAUGAGCAAGCUGAUCAGCGCCAAAAGCCACCUCUUGUACCUGACAAGCCGAAUUCAUCAUUAAGUGAAAAAUGGGCGUGCAAUGUGUGCACCCUACUGAACAGUCAAAGUAGCAUGCUUUGUGUCGUCUGUGGGUCAGAGAGGGCCGAUGACAAACUUAAGGAACCAAAUCGUGGAGGAAAAGAAAAACAGAAAAAAAAGACAUCUAAGUCUCAAAGAGUUAAUUUAGCUGAUUUUUCAGUGAGUGAGAGCAGUCAAAAUUCAUCUGGUGGUAGUGUGUGGGGAAAUGGUGGUGGGCAAAGACUUGUAUCUAUGGUCCAAAAAAGUCCUGUUGGUUACUCAGACAAUUUUAAAAGGUGAUGUUUACAGGAAAUCGGAGGAGUUUCUUUUGCUGAAUAGUAAUGGGAGAACAUUUUUUGUGCAGUUUAAUAUAUAGAUGUGACCAUUGCAAUUGUUAAAUCUUAAAACAAUUGCAAUGUUAACUGAAUUGGUCCUAAAUUAUAUUUAAAUAUUCAAGGUAAAGUAACAAGUGAGAUGGAGCGAGCAAAAAAUCAGCAUACAACUGUAUCAUUUGGUCUGGCAGCAUUAAUAAGAACAUUUUGAGAUGCCAUUAUUCUUUCCUGUUUAUUGGUGAGAGAUUAUGUUUAGUAACCGUGUGUUGCUGUUUAAAGCCCAAGGAAAUGGUAAAAACAUGAAUGAUGCUUUUACAAUGGUAUUGGUUGUUUGUUUCAUGUCAA